GUCGAGGACUAGAUAAUAAUUAACUUCAGUAGCGAUGCAUCGUUUGCUGCCAAAAAUCUCGUCGUUCUCCCGUCGGUACUCGGUGAUAAAGGCGACGAAGCCUCUGUCGACAACAGAGAGCCAGAAAUGCCUCAAUAUCAAUGCCUCGGACAUAAUCUCCGCGUCCAUGACUCAAAGCCAAGCAUCCGUCAUCGCCGAGCCUUUGACGCGCGCGGACUCGAUUCCCCUGUUGGAUACGGAUUCCACGGAUGUUUCAUCCGCCUUCGAGGUGUCCACGGCGAAGAUCGAACAGCAGAUCGUCGCUGAAAGGUCGCCAUUACCCUUCGAAGAGGUUCCUGGACCCGCCUUUCUGAAGAUCUGGGAGAAGUAUUGGAAAUACGUGCCGCUCCUCGGUACGCAACUGUUUUCCAGUCUGCUAAUCAACAGAUUCACUCAGGGUCGAUUGACGUGGAACCGCAACGUCACGCCAUUAAAGUAUUUAUUCAACGAGUACGGUUGCAUCGUGAGGAUCAAUGGACCUCUCUCCGGAGAUAUCGUUAUGAUCCAUAGGCCUGAACACAUAGCUGAGGUCUUAAAACAAGAAGGGGAUGCUCCCAUUCGCAGUGGCAUUGAUAUUCUGCAGCACUAUCGUUUGCACUAUCGCAAGUACCGCCUCGCUGGGCCGUUUUCGCUGCAAGGUGCGGAGUGGCUGGAGAUGAGAGAGAAAGUGAAGAAUGAGUUCAACGAGAUGACUUCUAGUUUCUUCUGCAAGAUAGACAUGGCUUGCGACGAGAUGAUCAACAGGAUGCACAAAAUACGCAACCAGCAAGAUGAGGUACCUCGCAAUUUUCACGAGGACAUCACGCGAUGGGCGAUGGAGUGUUUCUUCACCACCGUGUUUAAUAAACAUGUUGGAUUUCUGGAGUCAGCAGGCUAUAAUUCGACUUCUGAGCCAGCGAGGAUAAUCAGCGCCUUGGCAACGGCUCACAAGUACAUGAGUCGCUGCGAAACUGGCUUCCAGGUUUGGAGAUUCUUCAUGACGCCGUUUGCCAAGAAUCUGUUCGAAGCCUGCGACGUUCUGGAUGGUGUCGUAGGAAAGUACGUUCGCCAGGCUCAAAGUAAACUUCGAAGUCGAUCAUCCGCUGGAGGAAGGAAUGAGGGGAUCGAGGAAGGAUCGCCAGUUUUGGAGAAGUUUCUUCUUAACGAGGGCAUUCAUCCAGACGACGUUUCUACGCUGCUGAUGGACAUGAUCAUCCUGGGUGUACAGGCGACGGCAAACUGCGAAGCAUUUUUAUUGUAUCACCUGGCGAAGAACCCAAGGACUCAAAGAAAAGUCUACGACGAAAUCAUGAACGUUUUGCCAAGUAGAGACUCACCCAUAACAGAGAAAACGUUGAAGAGUAUGCGAUACUUGAAGGCUUGCCUCCAAGAAAGUUUGAGGUUGAGACCUGCGUUCCCGUAUUUCACUAGGCUCCUGCCGAAGACUAUUUCGCUUCAUGGAUACGUGAUACCAAAAGGGACGUUUGUCAUCAUGGCAAACCAAAUAACCUCUCAACGAGAGGAAAAUUACGAGGAUCCAGAGAAAUUUCGACCAGAGAGAUGGCUAACAAGCUUUUCAGAAGGUAACACAGACUUCAGCUGUCUGCCAUUUGGCUACGGAGCUAGGUCAUGUUUGGGGAAGAAUAUGGCUGAAACAACGAUGAUGUUGCUUACUGCAAAGCUUGUGCGGCAAUUCAGAAUCGAGUACGAUUACGCUGAUAUCAAGAGCAGAUUCAUGAUGGUGAACGUGCCCAAUAAACCGCUUCGCUUCCGUUUCGUCGACAGGAUUUAAACGAUGAGGAGGCUGAUGGUCGAUAGAAGCAGAGCUUUCGGCACCCCAUUUCACAAACAGAGCUUACUUCGUUGCUAAGUUAAUGUAUAGAAGGCGGUAGGAAUUACACUAAGAGCGUCGUAGGUAACAAUAACUGUAAUUUAAUGCUCAGUUUCGUUAAAUAUUCACUUUAUCAAAUAAUAAAAUAACGUUAUUACGAUAUAUGACAUAGUUCAUACGUGUAGUAUCGCUCUCAUCGUUGAAAAGAAAGCGUAGGCGGUGUACAGAACCUGGAAAGGAAAAUUUGACGAUUCAUUGUUG